AUGCCUGGAGUUCCCUCGAGUCGAGGCUGCGAAGCCUGUCGCAAACAGAAGAAAAAGGUUGGGCUGUACCACCCCCCUCUCUGCUCGUCUCGCUCACUGCAAAGCAACGGCCAGCAGCGUUACAAAUUCAAAGAGCAGAUGGUCAUCCGGGGUACGCCAAUUCGCUCCCAAGGGUCACUGUCCCCUAGUAAAGUUCCACAUUCACCCAGCAGCGAAGGGACGGCCACGGCUAGUGCGCUCGUCACGAUCCUGGAUAUCACAGAUGUAAGGUAUGAGCUUACUUACUACGGGGAGUUCUUGAAGGAUAUACCCCGACGGUUGGGCACGAACGACGUCCUGGAUGCGUCGGUUACAGCCCUCACUUAUGCAUAUCCAUCGCUGCGUACCAGCCAACCAUCUCCCGAGGCGCUGAAUAAAUACGUGAAUGCCUUGAAGACUCUUCGACUCGGCCUGCAGGAUCCGGUAAAGAUGCGGACGAUGGAGGCCCUUUGCGGGAUCUACCUGAUUGUGGUUUGCCAGAGCUGGCUCUGUAGAAAUGACGAUAAAUGUGUCAACCACGGGGAACCAAUGGCCCAGUUAUUACAUAUGGCAGUAAUGCAAAACUGGCAGGGCAGCUUCACAAACGAAAUGCUGCUGACAUUCUCGAUAAUUGCGAUUUUCGAGAGCACUUUCAACCCGAAUAUCCAAUUGGAACCAUGGCUCGGGAAACUAGCCGAAAGAAUAUUUUCCACCCGACCUCAAAGGAUGCAUCCAUAUCCGAGCCUUCAUCUGCAGAACUUUGCGAAUAUAUCGACGUAUGUCCGCGAACCGGAAUUUCACGUCUUUGAAAUCGAGUCUGCCUACAAAACGAUGCUUGUAGACCUGCCAAAGCUGCGUCGUCUUGUCGACAAAACCACCGGUGAAAUAGCAGCCGCCGAAGCCGUGGGUUCCUCGCCAAUAACUCUCCUAAGAUUGCUUACUCGCUAUCAGGCUAUGUAUGGCAUGUUAUUGGCAUUUGCAAUCAUAUUGAAUCGCAUGCUUCGCGAAUUUGACCCCGAUGACGUGGUCAUACUUCAAAAUUCGGGAUGUCUUUUCGACCAGCUCAUGAGCCUUGCACACGAGGCAUGUCGACACAGACCUAUCGGAGCGAGCUAUAUGCCACUCUGUCUGGUGGCCGCCUGGGCGGCAUCAACGGACGCAUCCCAGCGCGUUCAAGCAGAGGCAAUGAUCGCAGACUACCAGAGUGACUUUAAAGAAGUGAGGUGGUUGGAAAUGGCAGUCUGGUUGGCCCGGAAACUUGAUACCUUGCGACUGAAGUUGGCGCCGCUGGGAUUUGUUGGGAAUUACUUCAGUGACCUCGUCAUCAUUACCACCUUCCCACUCCCAACACCGCCCUCCUCACUCACCUCUUUAGUCCACAUUGCUCUCCAAGACCAACAAACCCCAGAUCUCCGUCUAUCGCGGCAUGCUCAACCUCAGCUCCAAAGUUGGCUCUGCACUCACGCAUACGUGUUCAUCGACCAUACUGGCGAUACACGGCAGUUCUCCUGA